AUGGAGGUGCCCAACGCCAAGCUCCAGCGAGCUGCCUGCCUCUUGCUCCUGCUCCUGCUCUGCUCCCUGGCCGCUGCCCGGCAGAGCCUGCCCGAGUGCUGCCGGCAGAAGACCUGCUCCUGCCGCAUCUAUGACCUCCUGCACGGCAUGGGCAACCACGCUGCCGGCAUCCUCACACUGGGCAAGAGGAAGAGUGUCCCACCGGCCCUGCAAAGCCGGCUCUACCGUCUGCUGCAUGGCUCCGGCAACCACGCUGCGGGCAUCCUCACCAUGGGCAAGCGCGGGGAGCACCCUGGCACCACCUGCCAUGAUGCAUCGGGCUGCACUGCAGGCACAGACACCCCACCGACGCUGACCCUGCGGGGCACUGACGCCACCCCUGCCAGCCCCAGGGAGUGCCAGGGACACUCGGGGAAGGACCUGACCAAGAUCCAGGCCCAGGGAGCUGUGAAGAGCUUUUACUGA